AUGCUAGCGUGCUGCGGCAGCCAGCAGGCCCGCGCAGAGGCCGCCGGCGAAGAGGACGCGCCGCUCGCAGGCGAGGCGAUUCCCGGCGCACACCUGCCUUCGCAUCUGCGCCUUCCCAAGAAACUUGACAAGACAGUUCUUGAAGGCAUCGAGGCGAGAACCAAUCUCGGACCGAAGGAAAUCAAAGAUCUCUACAAAAGAUUCCGAAAAAUUGCGCCUGACGGGUCGCUCCCGUUCUCUCGGUUCUGCGACACGCUGGGUGUCUUGGGCAUGGUCGACGAGACGUUCCUGGCGGAGCGCCUCUUCAACGCAUUCGACACCAAUGGCGACUCCAGGCUGAGUUUCACAGAGUUCGCUGUCGCCCUGGGCAUCAUGAUGCGUGGGAGCGACGACGAGAAGCUCGAUUUGUCGUUCAAAAUCCUCAAUCCGACCUACGGAGGCGUGGCGACAUGUCUGGCGGACUACGGGCUGGACUCGGACGGCGACGACGACGGUGCCAGCGACGGGGAGCGGAGCUCGGCGGCCUCGGGGGGGCGUCACGAGGGUCAGAGGUCGGCGCUGGCGAGUUGCGCGUCCAUGAGCUUGCCUGGCGAGAGCCGCACGAUGUCACUGCGGCGGUACCAGCAGCUGCGCUCACAGAUCGAGCGGGACGCGAUCGGCGUCGACGAUUUUGUCUUGCUCAUUCAGUGCGUCGACCAGACGCGGAAGGCGCUGAUUGGCGGCUCGCCAGCGACCUACUCGGGACACGAAAUCCGCAUGAUCUUCAUGCAGAACGCCACGCGCAUGCCAGACGGAUCGUUUCGCAUGAUGCUGCUCGACUUUAAAAACGCAGUGCGAACCUCGUUGCCCUUCCUCGCCCUCCUUGGCGUCCUGCCGCAGGAAAUCGCCGUCGACACCUCCGCCGGUCACCAGUGCCUACCAGCCUCCAAGACUGCUGUAUCGUCUCUCCGAAGUGGGACGACGCGGCGGCGCUCUGUAGACAUGCUGAGUGCGAGCGCCCGCCUGUUCGACGUGCAUAAGGACAACGUGGAGAUGAUGCGGCUCGAGCUGCGACGCGUCCGCGAAGACCUCGACCGAGUUCUCGACUUCGUUGGCAAUGUGGUUUCCGCAGUUCACGCAGAUCUCGAGGCCUCCGACGCACUCCUCACGCAGGCACUCAAAGACACGCAAGACGAAGCUGCGUCGAGCGACGGGCCUUCCGGAAGCGUGUCUCAGCGCUCGAAGGGGGGUGAAGACUUUUCGAGUCCAGUCAGGCUCCCGGGCGCCGAUGUGGUUCCGUCCUCCGCGUCGUCGACGCCCUCUGUCUCGGCAACUGCCUCCUCUGACGGGGAUCAGCUCUCGGAGUUCCCGAGUUUCGCCGUCCACAGUUUGGCGAGCAGCGGCGACGACGUGGGCGAAGAGUCUGGAGGGCUCACGGCGCGAGUCGUGGCGGGGGGGCGGCAGUCUGCGGAGAAGCCCGCGGCGCCGUCACCUCGCUCGCCGCGACCGGGGGCGGAGAGCUGGUUUGCGGCGGCGCACGCGCGAAACGAGCCGCCCGCCACGGCUGGGUCCUCAGCAGCUACGUCCACGGCGUCUUUGGCGAUCGCAACAGCACCUUCGUUCCGCGCCUCCGCGAGGUCGCGUGAGGUUGGCGAGCGGAGUGCCUCGGCGGUUGAGCUGAUCUUGCAGAGGCAGGCGAACAUCGUGCAGGCGCUGAAGCAGCUGGAGGCGCUCAGGAACGCGCGGGAGAUGAAGGACAUUGUCGACUCGGCGGCGACGAAGGCGAUCUCGCGGAUCGAGGCGAUCGAGUGCCGUAUCGGGAAAGUCUUGGCGCUGCUGCGCGACGACGAGCGCAACUCCGUUUGCUCCCACGGCGGGUUCUCGACGUUUGGCGACGCGGCUUCGGCGACCAGUCGAGGCGUCGUGCACCGAAGCAGCACAGUCAGCACGCUGGUCACCUUCUCGGCCUCGUCCUGUCAACCCGAGCGGCUCGCGAACGGCGUUCACGCCGGCGGUUGCUUCGCGGCGGCGGACGCGAAGGCGCUCACGUCGUCGCUCUCCUCCCUGUACGUCGUGCCCCGCCCCCGGGAGCUUGGCCUGCCGCGCUUCGAGGAGCUUGACGCCACGCUGCAGGGGCCCUCGGCGCAGGAGGCUGGCGAACCGGCGGAGCGGCUGGUGCAGCGCUUGAAGCUCGAGGAAGAAGGCGAAGACCGCGGGAGCGAGAAGGGCGCUCGCGCGACGUUCUGCGAAGCCGAGGGCAUCGCGCGCUCCUCGACUUCGCUGAGCCUCUGCGAGAGGCGUCGGCGCGAGCGCAGCAGCAUCGGCUACAACCAUGGGUCGUUCGCGUUUACCGACGGCGGGCAAGCGUCAACGUGCUACAUGCACUCGUCGGUCGUCGAGGACAACGAGGAAGCCGCCUCUUUGAGCGGCACGGAGGCCGCGGAGGGCGACGCAGAGACGGGCGACGCGUGCGCUCUGCCCCCGCCCCCCCGGCGAAACGCUUCCUCGCCGCCCCGCGUGGAGCCCUCGGCGCUGCCGAGGCCUGCGCAUCUUGGCGCAACUUUCGCGGGCGCCAAGUCGGCUCCGGGGUCUCGAGUGAAUGCCUCGCUGGUGAACACCACCGCCGCCGCGGAGCAGCAGCAGCGGCAGCCCGUGGGUGAGACAGCCGACGCGGCGCGGCUGGAGGAGGAGACUCGCGACGAGUUCGAAGAGGAUGUCGUCACGCGGGAGGGCGUGCAGCGCGUCGCCUCGCUGCCAGCGGAACACGCCGCCGCCACAGACGGACGAGAUUCAGAGGCCGGCGGAACGAGGAAAUCCGUGUCGGGUUACGCGGGCUUCCUGCAUGCGCCGCUGACCCGGUGCGGCGGGGUAUCGGACGCAGGGAAGGCAAAAUACCGCACCUUCACCUCGAAGAAAGUCACAAUUCGUCUGCGACACAUGGAACCCGCCUCCCAGGGGUCCUGGGCGCAAGGCGAUGAUGCCUGCAGCGCAGCUGCGGACGACACUGCCUCGGUGCGCGAUGGCGCUACGGCGGCUGCGCGGUCAGACGACGUUCCUCUUCACCGCAUGUAUAUGAACAGGCCGAACUUUUAUAGACUGGCUCGAACAGGCCGGCGACGAAAACGCACCAUUCUGCCAGUGGGCUCGUUCCGCCUGAAGCGGGCCAGCAGCAAUAGCUCUCGCUACCCAGGCGGACAGAAGGGCCUCGCCGUCCACUUCGGCCACGAGAACUGGGACACGGUGAUCAACAUCAUGGUCGGCAUUCGGCUUGCGGCCGGUCGCGCGAGCAGCGAGCCGCGGCGAGCGAUCGAGCGCUACGACUUUGUGAUGAAGGAAAAGUUUUCGAUUCUGCCAAACACUGGCAUGGUGGAUCGCGCCAACGGGCGCAAGUCUCUGUGCGCCGUCCGCUUCGUGGACUACGCCCCCAUGGUCUUCCGGCGGCUGCGCGAGCGCUUCCAAAUCAGCAGCGAGACCUACGUGCGGUCGGUCGGGCCUGAGCAGCUUCUAGGCAAUCUGCUGCUCGGCAACUUGUCGUCGCUGUCCGAGCUCGUCUCAGAAGGACGCAGUGGCGCUCUCUUCUACUACACCGCUGACGGAAAAUUCAUGAUCAAAACAAUUUCCAAGGACACAGCGAUGUUCCUGCGGUCGAUUUUGCUGGACUACUACGAGCACGUCAUGGCGAAUCCCGACACGCUUCUCACGCGGUUUUUUGGGCUGCAUGCGAUCCGCCUGAAAGACAAGACGAAAGGCAGCGUCGGCCUUCCGCAUCAUUCGUCUGCGCAUCGCCUGCAAAAGACGUACUUCAUCGUCAUGCUGAACUUCUUCCACACGCCAGUCGAAAUUCACAGACGCUAUGACCUGAAGGGCUCUUCAUACAAGCGCCAGUUGCCUCCUGACCAACUGAAGGAUAGCACGGUCGCGCUGAAGGACCUCGACAUGGAUAGAGAGGGAGAAAAGAUGGAGCUGGGGCCUGAGCGCCGAGAGCGAAUCCUGGGGCAGAUGCAGGGCGACGUCGACUUCCUCCGCAGUCACCAGAUUCUCGACUACUCGCUUUUGCUCGGCAUCUUCUACAGAGACCGAGAAACCGAGGAGGUGCUGUCGUCUCUCGCGACCCCCACAGUCUCCAUGCCGCCGAGGCGUCUGCCAGGCCUCACCCAUAGCUCGAGAAUGCCUUUCCUUUCGGGCGUCAGCCACCCUCCGUCUGAGCCGCACGUCCCGUUUUUCCAGAGCGACUUCGGCGGCAUGUGGUCGCCCAACAAAUCGAAGCUCUACUAUGUCGGCAUGAUUGACGUCUUGACCUACUGGAGCACGAGGAAAAAACUGGAACACGCGUUCAAAACGGUUCAAACUGGCGAUCCCAAGGGCAUCUCCUGCGUCAGUCCUGACUAUUACGCAGAGCGAUUCAUGGACUUCAUGCGUCGCCACAUCACUUGA